AACUAAUUACGUCAUCAGGUCGUGCAGUGUGGAAACUAGACAGCUCCCAUCGCAUUCAUGUCACAAGCGGUAUUCUAUAACACCAGUGAAAACAACAUAUGAAACUUGAUUUAACAUAUUACCUUUUAAUGAAUAUUCAUUAUUUUCAAUGCAUAGCUAUUUUCUCCAGAUAACCUUCGAGAACGGCAAUAAUGUUUAAGGAAACAGAGCAACCUCUGACUAUGUAGAAAUCUAUCAGCUGAUACCCAUUACUGUUUAAGAUUUUUUAUUAUCUUAAAACGCCAUAUUUUCUAUUAUUCUGCUAGCAAAAUCUGUUCUCUACAUAAGUAAUAAUAUCACCCUCUUUGCAAAUGGACUAACGUUUGUGAAAAUGUUUUCAAUGCAACUACAUGGACUCUGAAAAAGGGUUAUUCUCACCAACCUAUAAGGUUUAUGUCAAAAUAUUUGAAAUAGAGUAAGGUAAACGAUUAUUUAAGUAACUAAAUUUCAACGAGAAAAAUUACGCGAACAUUAAAAGUCACCGACCAUUCCAACCCCAUAAAGUGGCGUACAAUUAACGACACGAAACACUGUGAUCUUGAAUAGCGUACAUGACUAAUCGCGAAGGUGGUAAGGAAUUGUUAUUAAGCGAUCAGCAAGUAAACCAGAAAAAAUAAUAACAUGACAAGACAAUAUCUGUAAGGGUUUAAGCUUCAUCAGCAACAAUGUGCUGUUAUCAACCAAGAACUAUACAAAAUCAGGGAACAAUAAAAAACUCGAGUCAACCUCCUAAUUCUCAGACGCUAAAUAAACGUCGCCGCUAACCGCAACAACCCUAGCGUGCAUUAAAUUUGCAAAAUUAAUUCGCUUGCUAUGGAAACAUUUACAAGAUGCAAAUGUUCAAAAUAAGUCGCGAGCAGUGGAAGACCAGAUUAUCGCGUAGUGAAAACGUGGCCAAUGUUAUUUCCCGCGGCUUCUUCUUUCCGGAUUUUUUCUUUCCGUGACUGUCUUCCCAUGACUUUUCCCUGUAACUUUUCCUUCCCGUGACUUCUUUUUCCCGCGACUUUUCUUCCCGCCCCGCAACAAUACUCCACGAUAUCGAGGCGACGGCAGCAUGGCUCCUGGCCUGCAUUCAACAUUGGAAACACUGACAGAUGUAGGCCACUGUCACAAAGAGUAAUCCCUGACGUCGGACAGUAGCCACAUCGUAUUAAAUCAAAAAUAUAAAUCCAUUUUAGAUGAGCAGGAAACUCAUUCAUUAAACAGAUAUGAGAUUCAAGCUUAUAACAUUUGACUUUUCAAACACACUUCUUAGAAUACGUGGUCCAGUGGGUGGAUAUUAUGCUGCAGUUGCAAAUAAAUAUUACGGAGCAACUAAAAUGACAUUUAAUGCUGAUGACACUGACAUGGAAUUUUCAAAAGCAUACAAAGAAGUCACUCGGCGUCUUCCAAACUAUGGAUACGAAAAAGGAAUAUCAACCGAAGAUUGGUGGUAUGAGGUAGUUCAAAGGGUAUUCUAUAACUUAGGCCUUCGAGACAAAAAGGUCAUAAGGAGUAUUUCUAAUCAGUUAUAUACUAACUAUAGUAUGAAAGGACAACACGAAUUGUUCCCAGAAGUUCUUAGCGUGCUGAAGGAGCUAAAAUCAAAAACAGAUUUAAAACUUGGAAUAAUAUCAAAUUUUGAUGAACGUUUGUACAUUUUAUUGGAUCAAAUGGAUAUGGGAAAAUAUUUUGACUUGGUUUUAUGCUCAAAGGUUUUUGGCAAGGCUAAACCAAAUACAGAGAUGUUUUCAGCUGCCUUGGUUUUAGCUGAGAAUUUGAAACCAUGUGAAGCACUGCAUAUUGGAGACAGUAUCCAGCUUGACUAUCUUCCUUCAAGACAAGUCGGAUUCAAUUCACUCUUGAUAAGAAGAGACAUGAACAAUGAAGAAAUAAUGGAGAAUAGAAAUAAAAUCCAUACCAUUGAUUCAUUAGAAAGGAUCUUACCACAAAAUCUUGAUAAGUUGUGUUUAUAGAAUUUGAUGAACGACAAUGUGUUGUUAAAGACAAUGUGUUGAUGGAGCAGCAAUAAUUAACAUCAUAAAAUGGUACAGCAUCACUGAUCUUAACAUUUCAGGAAAGUUUGAGAGUAUAAAAACUUUUGACAAAAUCAUGGUGAAGUAGUUACUUAAACCAUGUUUGUGUCAAACUUGAAAUUUUUCUAUUAACCGUGUAGAGUGCAAACAGAAUCUUUGAUCUAUACUAUUGAGACUUCCUUUCCAAUUGUUUUCAAUGAACAACUAGAAAUAAAUUUUCUGUUACUUUUGGUCAUAGCUUGACAUUUAUACUCUGAAGAGUGUCGGAUGAAAAGCACUUUUAUAUGCAAUGUUUCGCUAUUUUGUGCCAUCUUCAAAUUUUGUGGUACCAAAACUUAUUUGAUUAGACUAGAAUAGUUUAUUCUUUAUAUAUAGUAUUUCAAAUUUCAGCAAACAGUACCAAACUAAUCCUAUAUAUGAAUUUCUCACUGUUAAAAGACUCAAUCACAAUUCUUUUCUGUUACUAACUUCCCAACUACUGAGCAUUCCUCAUAGCCUAACCAUUGAGC